AUGCAGGUUACACUAGUUCCAGGCAGUACUGCUGCUCAUCACCCCUGGGGUCCUGCGCGCUCGUGCCGGUCCGUCCUUGACCCGCCUGUGCCAGAUAUCGUCGACAUUAAGCCGGCCAACAUGGAGGAGCUCACGGAGGUGAUCACAGCGGCCGAGUUCCACCCGCAUCACUGCAACAGCUUCGUGUACAGCAGCAGCAAAGGGACGAUCCGGCUGUGCGACAUGAGGGCGUCGGCCUUGUGUGACAGGCACAGCAAAUUUUUUGAAGAGCCUGAAGAUCCAAGCAACAGGUCAUUUUUCUCUGAAAUUAUCUCUUCGAUUUCGGAUGUGAAGUUCAGCCACAGUGGGAGGUAUAUCAUGACCAGAGACUAUCUGACCGUUAAAGUUUGGGAUCUCAACAUGGAAAACCGCCCUAUUGAGACUUACCAGGUAUGGACCCCCACCCACCCAUAGGUACAUAAGGCACUU